UCUGUAUAUGUACUUGUAUAUACGCAUAUGGAUGUAUAUGUGCACAUUGCAUAGUGCAACGAGUUUGGACAACCAUUCAUAGAAAAGGAAUGAUUUUAUACUGCUAAAAUCAUCAGAAAAAAGAAUAUUCGGUUGUGUUGAUAUUGCUCGAAAAUGACCAAACAUUAUUCGUCGGCCUACUAAAUGUGUUUAAAUUUUGUUAUUGUGUUAUUGUGCAUACAUAAAAAAAGAGCGGUGUGUAUCAAUUAGUGACAAAUUACACACACACACACACACACACGCGAAACGAAUGGAGUGAGUUUAGCUCAGACUUUUCUAAUAUUCAUACAUAUUAUUCUAUUGCCUGGCCCUUUAAGUUUUAAAUACAUAAAUAACACAUAUUUAAUACAAAAUCAAUCACAUUUGUUCUUAUUCGGAAAUGAUUGAACAUUUGUCGAAUUCAUGUCAAAAUACGUAUGUGAAGCAUCUUACUUAGUAUAACUACGUUAGUGAUGAUGAUUUUAUCAGAACGUUUUUACUGCAAAAAUGUGCUCAAGUGGAUAUACUGAGAUAUAUUACCAGUACGGCAUAAUGUUGAAAGUGGUGUGAGUUAAGAAGACAAAUGUGUUUGCAAUGCAUAGCAAUAAAAUCCAUUGCAGCAAAAAUCUUGUUUUAAAACUUUAUCAAUCGUACAAACAAAAAAAGUUAACAAAAUGAAAUAUUUACGAGAGACUCUGUAAUAUAUUUCACGUCAAAAACACAAAAUACACAUAUAAUGGAUGAUAUUCUGAUUGAUAUCAAUAGAGCACUUGAAUGUUCAGUGUGUUUAGAGCGAUUAGAUUCAACUUCGAAGGUACUCCCCUGCCAGCACACGUUUUGCCGCAAAUGUUUACAGGUUAUUGUGUCCAGUCAUUCAGAGCUUCGAUGUCCCGAAUGUCGAAUUUUAGUUGAAGUCGAAAUUGAUAAUCUUCCACCGAAUAUAAUAUUGAUGCGAAUUUUAUCGGGCUUGAAAAACACGACCAACAUCGACCCACACAAUGUAAAUCUCAAACAUUCAAUAAAUUCCGAAGCGACAUCACUUCAAUCAAUCAACAGCAAGAACAACAAAAAUAACAACGGUAGCAUCCAAUCGGUUCAGUCAGUACUAAAAGCGAAUGUAGCCCCCAAUGAAUCAACCAAUGAAUACGGACUUAAUGGUCUUGAUUCAAGCCCGAAUGAUCAACAACAAAAAAGAAGUGCAGCGUCAAAUCAUGAAAGUGCACAGAGAACAACUGUUGUAGAACUGAAAUUGAAUGAAAACCAAUUCGUUGAUGUUAGAUCGCAUUUAGUCGCACAACAGCAGCAUAAGCAACAAAGUGUAUUAGUGCCGAAUUCAUCCAUUACACCACAUGCGACAGCAUUAUAUAAUUUUGAAUCGAAAGAACCCGGCGAUUUGAGUUUGAGAACUGGUGAUAAGGUGCUUUUACGUCGGCGCAUCGAUGUGAAUUGGUUCGAAGGUGAAUGCCAUGGCAGAGAGGGGGUAUUUCCUAGCAAUUAUGUUCAUAUUGUAGUUCCACUACCACAGCCACAAUGCAAAGCCUUAUAUGAUUUUCGUAUGGGUCCAAAUGAAGAAGAAGGCUGUUUAACGUUUAAAAAAGGUGCAAUAAUCAAUGUACUUUGUCGCGUCGAUCCGAAUUGGGCCGAAGGCUGUAUUGAUGAAACAAUAGGCAUAUUUCCGAUCGCGUUUGUUGAAAUGAACUCGCUCGCGAAACAAUUAAUGGAAUCAUCAGUUAACAGUAACUCUACUAUGGGCCAACGAAAUGUACCACCCACUCCAAAUGAAAAUCAGCAGCAGCAGCAGCAGAAUGGUAGUUUUUCAAGUGAAUCGAGCAAUUUGAAAACGAUGACAAGCCUAGCUUCUCCAAAUUCUACAACCACAAAUAAUAGCAAUCGCUGUAGUACUUCGAUCAUGGUGUCAAAUGGUGCUCUAAAAAAUGAACAAUUGUUAGCCAACGACAACAAACGAGAGUCGCCAAGAAGUACUUGCAAUAUGUUGAGCGCCAGUGAUACAGGCCAUAAAAAAUCUAAUCAAAAUUUCAUAACAAGAAAUAUUUCAAAAGAAAAAAUCCCAAUUCAAAAUCAUUCAAAAGUUCAAAUUUCGGGCAACAAGUCUAGUGGUGGUAAAUCCAAUCAGCGACAACAUCAUCACUUUGCAUCAGGUGCAAACACUUUCAUUGCGCUGUACCCGUAUAAGCCUCAGAAGUGUGAUGAACUCGAACUAAAAAAGGGAUCAAUUUAUUAUGUAAGCGAGCGGUGUAAAGAUGGGUGGCUUAGAGGUAGCAGUCGUUCUCAAAAUAAAUCUGGUGUUUUCCCGGGUAACUAUGUGGCGCCUUUGCGAAGUGUAAACGAACAAUUAACACCCGCAAGUAUUGGUGUCGUCGAUUGCGCAUCUCUAUCUUGUAACAAUGUAUCGAAUAAAAGCUGUCAUAUAAAUCCACCUGAGCUGCCGCCACGUUUUAACACAUCAUUAUCAACAUCCACUUCUACUUCUACAUCUGCUUCUAGUGCUACUUCUGUGUGGUCCAAGCCAAUCGGACAACAUGUUGAAGCAAUCUUUGGACGGUCAACUCUGUCAUCAGGAUCAACAGUCAAUCUUAUAAAACGUAUAACAAAUAUCAAAGCGAAUAACAAACAUCAGCCAACAAUGUCUUACUCAAUGGAUAAUCCCGUUUUUGAAGAUAAUGCGAUCGGAUGCUUCGAAACAACAAACGCUUCAUCUAUAUCGCCACCAUCAAAACCAAACACGAUACACAUGUCACAGCCAAUACAUGUGCGAUCUGGUUCCUGCCCAGAACCUAAAUUGCUUCAAUGUAUAUCAGCCGAUAUUAACCACAGUUUGCCGGCUGGCACAAGUGGUCAGAAAGCUGAAACGUUCGGUUCACAUCGUAUUAGGCCAAAUAAAGAUCGAUCAUCAUUGCAAGGAUUAAUAGGAGCAAAUGCUAAUCAUGUAAAAAAUGCAGGAUUUUCAUCAUCUUUACAUCAUAGAAAAUCUCAGAGUUUGGAUGCUGAUACUAAAUUAUCCAUUAAUAAUAGAUCAAAUGAAUCUGCAAAUUCAAGCAGACGAAAAUCCUAUACGCUCAAUGAAAAAUUCAAAUGUGUUGUUUCAUAUCCGAGAAACAGUGAUUUUGAACUUGAAUUGGCUGUCGGGGAUAUACUGUAUGUCCACAAAAAGCGCGACAAUGGAUGGUUCAAGGGAACUCAUGCUAAAAGUGGAAAAGUUGGUCUUUUUCCCUCAUCAUUUGUCGAACCACUGAAUGAAACAAGCAGAGAGUAAAAAAAAAACUUGAUGAGCAUAAUAUACAAAAAGACACCUCGAUAGUUAAAUUGAAUCCCAAAAUUUAAAUACAUUUUGACACUACAAAUUUGAAUGGAACAUAUUCAAUAAACAGGGAAUUUGUUUAAAUUAUCACAAAAA